GCGUGAAUGUGAACAUUUAUGUUUUGCACUAAUCGACACUUCGACACUAUCGGAAUUUAGCUAAAGAUUUUUUGUCAGUAUCAUUUUAAUGAAGAGAAAACGCACGAGUUUGCAAGCACUCGCACGCGCAAGCAGUCACGCGGAUGCGCUCUCGUGCUGCUUUUCCUGCCCUUGAAGAGAGAGAGAGAGAGAGAGAGAGAGACUGACUGACGGAUAACGGGAAACACAGCUCUGGGACAGGAGUAAGCGAAGAUUCGAGGGAGGAUGGAGCAGGCAUACGGGGCAGGAAAAGCCGGAGGAGCCUUCGAUCCAGUAGCGUUUAUCCAGCAGCCGCAGCCUAUCCUCCGCUUUGUGUCCUGGAUCUUCUCCAUAGUAAUUUUUGGGUGUAUUGCCAAUGAGGGCUAUGUGAACCUACCUGAGGAUGAGGAGGAGUACUGCAUCUUUAACCGUAACCAGAAUGCCUGUAACUAUGGUGUGACUAUGGGCUCUCUGGCCUUUCUCACCUGUCUUGCCUUUUUGGCUUUGGACGCCUAUUUUCCACAAAUCAGUGGAGUCAAAGACCGUAAGAAAGCCGUUUUGGCAGACGUCAGCCUCUCAGCUGUCUGGGCCUUUCUGUGGUUUGUGGGUUUCUGUUUCCUGACUAAUCAGUGGCAGGUAACUAAUCCUGAAGACAUCCCCUUAAACGAGGGUGCAGAUGCAGCAAGAGCAGCCAUCACGUUUUCCUUCUUCUCCAUCUUUACCUGGGCCGGUCAGGCUUUCCUGGCAUUUCAGAAGUACAAGCUAGGAGCAAGUUCCACUCUCUUCUCGCAGAACUACACUGACCCGAACGAGGAUGCAGCAGCAGGCUCUGAAGGCACGGAGUACACGGGUUACACAGGAGACAUGGAGGCACCGGGCACCGUGCAUCCCAACUACGAUGGAUCUACUGGUUACCAGAGCCAAGAAUACUAAUGGGGCCAUGCAAUCAGUCCAGGGAAUUUUGUUGAAAGAGCUAUAAUGGGCAUCUAUAUGAAAUGAAGAACAUUGAAAAGUGGAACUUUGGGGUGAGAUCAUGAAACAGAAGCUCUCAGAUCUUAUGGUGUUUCAGGAAGCAGCAUGUGGUAUUCAUUGACUUCUCACUGAAGGGGUUUAAUCUGGGGAUGAAUGGGUUUUACUGUAAGGGGAACUGUAAGUGUGCAACUGUUCUGGUUAAAAUGUUUGUAAAAUUCACAAUGCAGACGUGUGUAUGUGUAUUUAAACCACUUUGCCUUCAGCUAAAGAGAGCAAAUAGCUGGUAGCUGGUGGAAUUUUGUCAUUUUAAGUGUUUUUUGUUUUGUUUUGUUGUGUUUUUUAAGUUUGAAGCUUGUAGAUUCCUAAAGGGGAUGCUUUUUAAAAGGAAAAUCCGUAAUUGUAGGAUUACAUACUGUAGAACCCAUACAUGUUUUUCCACAAAGGGACAAUCCAAAAAACUUUUAGGAUGAUUGAUUCUGAUAACAUGUUUCCCCCUUUUUCCUAAACUGGCAAGAAUGACAGAAAUGACUGACUAUGUUUAAAGCAAAUACAUCCAAUCUAGUGUUUAUAUGGACAAAGUAAGUAAUCUGAUUUUGUCUUGUACAUGUGUAUAUAUAGGAAAAGAUCUGUGCAAAUUUGGAAGGAAAGAGCUUCAACUGCAGUCUUCUUUCUGUAACGAUCCAUUCCAUUCCAAGGAAUGUGUUUCUGAAUUGGACAACUAAACGUCAUUUAUUUUUUUUAAAAUACAGAUAUAAAAGAUAUUUAAGAAAUCUAAACUAAUAAAUGACGAUUAAGGAAACCAAAGCUUUUUACAAAGUCAAAAUGUUACAAGUUAGUUCCUGUUAUCUCUUAUGUUGCAGCAGCUCUAUACAGUCAGUCCCUCACCAGCCUCAAUUUUGACUCUAUUAUGUUCCUGAGAAAUGCAUACUACUUGAAUGUAAAAAAAAAUAAAUAAAAAACCUAAAGGUAAAGCAUUACAGCUGAAUUAUACAAAGCUCUGACACUGAAGACUCCUUAAAGAUGUGGUAAAUAAAAUUCUCAUAAAAUGUUUAAUAUGUUUCAACCAAUCAGGUUUGAGAAUUCGACGGCGUUUUGUCUUUGAGUACUGAAAUAACUAACAAUGAUGUCUAAUUAAAUAUUUGUCUUGUACACAGGUAAACUCAUUUUAUUGGCAUUUGAUAUUUAUACAGCAUGUAUUACUAAAACAUCCUACACUUGUAGCACGUGUACUGUAAAAAAAAAGGUAAUUAAAAUGCUUGGCAUAACAUGGUGCAACCUAAGAACCUGUUUCUAUUUCACUUCACAAAUUGUUGGUUGAUACAAUUUUUUAAUUCCUUUUUGUGUACUUGAAGUAGUCAUGGUUCCUCUACUUUCGGCUUUUCCCGUUAGGGGUCGCCACAGCGAAUUAUCAGUUUCCAUCUAACUCUAUCCUUGACAUCCUCUACUCUCACACCAAUUACCUUCAUGUCCUCUUUUAACACAUCUAUAUGUCUCCUCUUUGGCCUUCCUCUUGACCUCUUACCUGCAGCUCCAUCUCCAACAUCCUUCUACCAAUAUAACCAUCUCUCUCCUCUGUACAUGUCCAAACCAUCUCAAUCUAUCCUCUCUGACCUUGUCCCCAAAACAUCCAACCUGAGCCGUCCCUCUGAUGUGCUCGUUCCUAAUCCUGUCCAUCCACGUCACUCCUAAAGACAACCUCAACAUCCUCAUCUCUGCUACCUCCAUCUCUGCCUCGUGUCUUUUCCUCACUGCUACAGUCUCAAACCCAUACAGCAGAGCUGCUCUCACUACUGUCUUCUAAACCUUUCCUUUGAUUCUUGCUGACACUUUUCUGUCACACAUCUCUCCUGACACUUUCCUCCACCCACUCCGACCCGCCUGCACUCACCUCUUCACCUUUUUUCCACACUCCCCUGUGUUCGAUGUGUAUAUCAUGAACAUUGUAUAUCAUGAAUGUUUCUACUGUAGGUCUUUUAUAUAACUAUACACACUAGGCACAAGUAUGGAUUUGAAACCACUCCACUUUUUUUUGUAGUGUAGUUUAAAUUCUAUUUUGAAGGCAAUAAGCAAAAAAUGUCAAAAAAUUACUGGAUUUAUGAUAUGUAUAUGUAUCAAGUGCAAUAUCUAUGGUCUCAGCUGUGGGGUUUGAUCAUUUAUAAGUAUGAUAUUUGAGCUGGAGUGUGUUAGAGACAAUAAACAAUUUACUGGCUGUUUUAUUCAA